CUCCGACCAAACCAAAAAGAGAUCCUCUCCUUACGAGCUCUUUUACUACUGUUUGUGAAACAAUUGAUAAUGAAGGAUCAUGGUAUUAAGGAAGAUGAACUGCAAAGCAUUCUUAACUAUCUUCUCACCAUGCAUGAGGAUGACAAUCUGAUGGAUGUUCUACAGCUGCUUGUAGCCCUGAUGUCUGAGCAUCCAAGCUCAAUGAUUCCUGCUUUUGAUCAGAGGAAUGGAAUGCGGAUAAUCUAUAAACUGCUGGCUUCAAAAAAUGAAGGGAUAAGAGUGCAAGCUUUAAAAGUGAUGGGAUACUUUCUGAAGCAUCUGGCUCCAAAGCGCAAAGCUGAAGUCAUGCUUGGACAUGGUUUGUUCUCUUUGUUGGCAGAAAGAUUGAUGUUACACACUAAUGUAAUUUCCAUGACUACGUAUAAUGUCUUAUUUGAGAUCCUGACUGAGCAGAUUUGCACUCAAGUUGUACACAAGCAGCAUCCUGACCCAGAUUCAACAGUGAAGAUACAAAACUCACAAAUGCUGAAAGUGAUUGCAACAUUGUUGAGGCACUCACCUCAGAUUUUAGAAACUAUGGAAGUUCGGCGUGUUUUCUUAUCGGAUAUGAUCAAACUUUUCAACAACAGCCGAGAAAACAGGAGGAGUUUACUGCAGUGCUCAGUAUGGCAAGAAUGGAUGUUAUCUCUUUGCUAUGUCAAUGCUAAGAAUUCUGAAGAACAAAAAAUAACAGAGAUGGUAUAUGCUAUCUUCCGAAUAUUGCUUUAUCAUGCAAUAAAGUAUGAGUGGGGUGGCUGGCGUGUCUGGGUGGAUACACUCUCAAUAACACAUUCAAAGGUCACUUAUGAAAUACACAAGGAGAACUUGGCCAGAAUAUUUGAAGCCUACCAAAGACAAGAUGAAACAACAAAGCAAAUUUCAACCAUUCAAACCAUCUCCGAGGUUAGCAGCACACAAGAAGGCACAAUUCAGAAAGAUAUUUUUGAGGUCCAGAGUGUAUCUAAUCAUGAAAAUGUUGAGAAGCAAUUAGAAAAAGCAGAAGUUUUCAAACAACUUGAAGGUUACCAGGAAACCAGUACUCUGAAAACUGAAGUACAGCAGAAAAAUAUGGAACAGACAGACAAAAUAAACGAAGCAACUGAGUCACUUAAUGGCACUGAUGUAAAUAAGGUGGUAACCGAAGUAGAUCAGAUAUCAAAUAAAUUACCAGAUUCUUUGGAAAAUUUUAAAGUUGAGAAAUCUGAAGUAACUGAAGAGCACAUGGAGGAUGUGGGCUGUUCAGCUGCUGGCUCAAAAGACAUGCUUUCAGAUGAAAUGAUUGAAGAUGAAGCAACUAAAGUAAAGGAGAAAAUAACAAUUGCAAGUACUACAAAUGGGCAAGAGCAUAAUGUUGCAUUAGAUCCAUGUGAUCCAAAGGUUGACGUGGUAGACUAUUCAAACAAUGGACAACAUAAGAACAGUAUAAAUAGUCAAGAAAACAGUGUCUCAGAGCUUCAGGACACUUCUCAAGAACUAAAUAAAAUGACAGCUUCUGCAUCCAAAGAGAAUUCAAGCUGUUCAGAAGCAGUUUCAAAUCACUCUGCACCUGUACUACAGGAGGAGAUGAUCAAAGUAAAACAAGAGAUGGCAAAAUUGCAAACAGAAUCGAGUACUGAACCCUUAAAAGAACUGGACAGCCACACUGCUGAUUCUAGCAUUCAUAACCGUAAUAGUCCAGAUAAAGAUAUUGGAACAACUACCACAAAAACUAGAGAGUUGAAAGUCCCAUCUGCUAAAGAAAUUGCUAGAUUGGAUGUUUCUAGUGUUGCAUCUGAUACUGAGAGGUUGGAACUUCGAGCAAGUAUAAGUCAAGGAUCUACAAUGGGCCCAAAGCCUCCCAUUCAGUUAUCACAAUCGGAACUUAGAAAUGAACAAAGCCAUGUACCUGAUGAACAAAGAAGGGGGUCCAAUCCUUCAGCACGUGCCACCAUGUUUCGUAUUCCAGAAUUUAAAUGGUCUCCCAUGCAUCAACGCUUGCUGAAUGACUUGCUAUUCUCUAUAGAAACAGAUGUGCAGAUGUGGCGAAGCCAUAACACAAAGACAGUGAUGGAUUUUGUUAACAGCAGUGAAAACAUCAUCUUUGUCCACAACACCAUUCACCUUGUCUCUCAAGUGGUAGAUAACAUCAUAAUGGCCUGUGGUGGGAUUCUCCCACUUCUCUCUGCAGCUACAUCUACUACACAUGAAUUGGAGAACAUCGAACCAACACAAGGGCUGUCAUUUGAAACCUCUGUGACUUUUCUUCAGAGGCUGAUAGGUCUUGUUGAUGUGCUGAUUUUUGCCAGCUCACUUAGCUUCACUGAAAUUGAGGCUGAAAAGAACAUGUCUAGUGGAGGAGUAUUAAGGCAGUGUCUCCGUUUAGUAUGUGCUGUUGCAGUCAGAAACUGUUUGGAAUGUCAGCAAGUAUGUCGAACAAAAUCUGGUGCUGAUAAUGUGAAAACUCAAAAAACAAUGCAGAGCCUCCUUGGAAGUGGAAAGUUAACAGCCAAGAGUUCUAUUGAUGCUGCAACAGGUGGUAUUUCACCAGUAAGAGAUCUUGACCGAUUGCUACAAGAUAUGGACAUCAAUCGACUUCGAGCAGUUGUGUUCAGAGAUGUUGAGGACAGCAAGCAGGCCCAGUUUCUAGCCUUGGCUGUGGUGUAUUUCAUCUCUGUUUUGAUGGUGUCAAAAUAUAGGGAAAUCCUAGAACCUCAGAAGGACAGAAAACUGUCGCGUAGUCAGUCUGUCAGAAGCACUGAAAAUACAGAUGGGACUACAUCAUACACAGAAGGUUCAUCAGCCACAGCUGUUCCAGUGGCCAGUGAUGAUGCCCCACAUGCACUAAUUCGAAGAGACUCUGGUAUUGGAGAAGACCAGGUUUUAAGUUCACUUGCGGAGUUGGCAGCUAGGAAUGGAGCAAGGUCUGAGAUUGUCAGUGCUGGUCCAGAUGCAAUGAGUGAACUAUUGUCAACCCUUUCCUCAGAGGUGAAGAAGUCACAGUCACAGGAAAAUAAAGAUGAAAUUGGAAGUGAUUCCGAAAGCAAGAUUACAUCUUCUAUACCAUCUGGGUCCCAAGGCAAAAAUGUCAGUGUGAAGGAAAUCCUACGAAGUCUGGUGAACACACCUGCAGAUAGCCUUGAAGCAGAUAUGACACUAAUAGGGCCAAACUUCUUAGGAGUUAUUGGAGAUGCAGCAGGAGAAUCAUCUAUACAGUUCCGUUCUUUUGACAGAAGUGUUGUGAUAGCUCCUAAAAAGCCUUUGAUUGCUGCUGGAAGUGAAACUGUAACUCCUGCUGCCACAGAUGCAGUUAGUGUGGUCUCUACUACUGACUCUGCUGAGAAUACUGCCAUUGAGCCUACAGGUGGUGGACCAUCCAACUCAAAACUGCCAUCUGUUCAAACUGUGUCUCCGAUGCCAGAGGACUCUGCAGCAAAUAUGAGUAUCACAGCAAGGCUCGAACGUGCACUGGAGAAGACAGCCCCUCUUCUAAGAGAGAUUUUUGUGGAUUUUGCUCCUUUUCUUUCACGUACUCUACUGGGUAGUCAUGGGCAAGAAUUGCUCAUUGAGGGUACAAGCUUGGUCUGUAUGAAGUCUAGCAGUUCUGUUGUGGAGUUGGUCAUGUUACUCUGUUCUCAGGAAUGGCAGAACUCCAUUCAGAAAAAUGCUGGUCUUGCAUUCAUUGAGCUUGUUAACGAAGGAAGAUUGUUAUGCCAUACCAUGAAAGAUCACCUGGUGAGAGUAGCAAAUGAGGCUGAGUUUAUCCUGAGUAGACAGCGGGCAGAGGAUAUACACAGACAUGCUGAAUUUGAGUCUCUGUGUGCCCAGUACACAGCAGAAAGACGUGAAGAGGAAAAGAUGUGUGAUCACCUAAUACGAGCAGCAAAGUAUCGAGACCAUGUGACAUCCACUCAGCUGGUACAGAAGAUAAUCAACAUUUUGACAGACAAGCAUGGUGCUUGGGGAAGUUCUUCACUAAGUCGCCCUCGUGAGUUCUGGCGCCUUGACUACUGGGAAGAUGACUUGCGGCGCCGCCAACGAUUCAUUCGCAACUUAUUUGGAUCAACACAUCCUGAAGCAGCACUUAAAGCAGCAAUUGAACACGGUUCUGAGGAAGAUGUGCUGGUUAAAGGCAGACAGUCCAUUCGAACCCAAGCUGUGGGCAACCAGAACUCUGAGAGCGAAAUUCUGCUGGAGGGAGACGACGAAACGCUUACUUCACUGGAAGAGAAGGAGAUUGAUAACAUGGCGGGACCUGUGAAUUUCACCACUGCAGUCCAGCUUAUCGCGCCGGCUGUCGUUGCUAAGGGAACGCUGUCAAUCACCUCUUCUGAGCUCUACUUCGAGGUAGACGACGACGAUCCCAGUUAUAAAAAACUAGACCCCAAGAUCCAGAUUGUGCUAAGUGCUCUGACCAAUGCAAUACUUUAUUGAAGAUUGGAAAUUCUUCAGUGCAACGUGACAGUCUCUGAGUGUAACAUGGUUAAAAUGUAUGCUGAGAUCACACAUUCCUUCCUCCAAUAUGAUGGGCAAAAAAAAAUAAAAGAGUUGGACAAUACUAGCAGUGACAUAUAUUGAUGUAAACUGGUGAUUGUAUCAAUGAUACUGAAGGCUUCUAUAUUGAAAUAACUAGCACACAUUUCAUUUGUGUAAUUGGGCAAAGCAGCCAAAUUUGGGACAUUAGGAUAUAACAAACAAUGAUAAGAACAGUGAAACAAUUUACAUGAUUUACAUUUUUCUGUUUGUCACUGAAGCUUUAUGAUAUUUGAAAUUUUAAAGGUGAAAGUGUGAUUGAUUUAGAAUUUGCAAGUAAAUGUAAAGAAAGUGGCAUUUGAAUAUAUUUUAAGCAUUGAAGAUUCAGCCAAUUCUGAAUUUUGCUAAUAAAAUCUAACUUGAUCUGAGUAACACUUUAUUUUUAGCUCAUGAAGGACUGUAUAAGAACCUAUGUAUUGUUCCUAACUGGAGACAUUGCAUCUAUUUCUAAACUUAAACUGUACAGUAAACAAUUUGAAAAGUAGUAAUAAAAUAACCAUCUUGAAAAAUGAACAAAGUUCCAAAUCAUAGCAAAAUUGAGAGAUUGUAAUUUCUAACCACAAUUGGCACAAUCUGGAUUUGAAGAUUUGAAUUUACAAUGGUGCACAGUUUGGAUUUUAAACUCCACUUGACCGUUACAAAUCAAGUCAAGGUAAAUUGAUUUUUCAGUAUGUAGAGUAUAUGCAACAAGAAGCUUAUAAGAUACCGUUUCAGGCAGGCACUGAUUCAAAAUUACCACAUAAUUUCAUUCUGAAAUAUGCCAGACAGAAUCUAAAAUUAGUUUUAAAAUUUCAACGAUUGAUUUUUUUGGAGGAAAGGAUUCUAUAUUAAAUAUUAAUUUUUACUUUUGUAUAUGAAUCAUUUUCUUUUUCCAUGAAAACACAGAUCCAGACUGUUCUAUUGCACUGACCAAUGCAUUUAUUGAAGAUUAGAAAUUCCUCAGUGCAACAUGACAAUCUCUGAGUGUAACAUGGUUAAAAUGUAUGCUGAGAUCAGACAUUUCUUCCUCCAAUAUGAUGGGCAAAAAAAAAAUGAAUUGGACAAUACCAGCAAUAACAUAUAUUGCCAGCUUUUCAUCCAAUAUUUAAUUUUUAUCAUAUCUUGAUAUUUUACAUAUGAACAGUUAGAAAGAAUUGCAUUGUGGUUACAUUGAUGUCAGAGUUCUGGUUUUAUCUCAGAGUACUACAUGUUGUGAAUUGCGAUGUCAUAACGUGAAAACAAGUGGUUGACAUCAUUGUAUAGAUAGUGUUAACCUGUUAAUCCUUCCAUCGUAAGCCAGCUUCAGGAUUGUAACAUGCGUGUAAAAGUGCACGUUGCCACUGUAAUUUGGAAUCCUUGGGCAAGUUAUUUAGCUCGAUUGUCUGGGCAGCUGAAGUGGAUCAAAUUGCCUAGAGUUGAAUCCUCAUCAUUUCAAAUUUUGGAUAUACAAUUACCCAUGUUUAUAAUUUUAUUUUAUAGAUUAUUAGAGUCUGACCAGUUAAUGUCCUUGUGACCAAACAUGUUGCACUUCAUUGCCAUUUAUAAAAAAAGUAGUAUGGGAAAGACUAAUGUCUUUAUCUGUCACAUUAAUAAAUUCCUGCACUCUUGAUGAAGCUCAAAUUCCAGAAGGAAAAUAAAUAGAUUUGGAAAACAAUUAUUCAGCAAUGCAUACAGUGCUGGUUAAUGGUUUUGGUAGGUGCCUCUGUCUGCCAAUUGUAAUCCUGUUUACUUUACAAUAGAAAACAUCUUUUUCCUGCGUAAAUGUAACUAUCUGGCGUGCUUAUCUGAAAGUUUACUGUUUAGAAUCAUUGUAUCUGAGUUAUAUAUCAUACUGUAACAAGAUAAUCACCUUCUAUUUCCUUGUAUUGAGUAUUUAAGCUUGAGAACUUAAAAACAUAUACUGUGCAGUGAAAUCUUGUUCUGUAUUGAUUUGAAUAAAAACCUAAAUAAAUUUGUUUAUGAUA